GCCAGCCGGCAUGAGAUACUGCAGCGAUGAAGCAGCGGACCAGGUGCCCAUGGACUGCCUCCAGGAGCAGGACGCGGCCACGGUGUACAAUGGUGCGGGCAUCCCCUGCAGCGCCGCAAGCCCACCCGUCCACUUCUACCGCCCCAACCUCGCCAGGACCAGCAUGCAGGGAGACGUCUACAACUUCCUCGAGAGACCCAGCGGCUGGAAAUGCUUCUCGUACCACUUCUCCGUAUUCUUGAUGGUGUUGAUUUGUUUAAUCUUCAGUGUGCUAUCUACCAUAGACCAUUAUGCUGAUUUUGCGACAGGAACUCUCUUUUGGAUGGAAAUCGUGCUUGUGUUAUUCUUCGGGGUAGAGUACAUAGUCCGCCUGUGGUCUGCAGGAUGCAGGAGCAAAUACGUCGGUGUUAAAGGAAGGAUCCGGUUUGCCAGGAAACCCAUUUCAAUUAUCGAUCUGAUAGUCGUGGUUGCCUCGAUCAUAGUGCUCAGUGUUGGAUCAAAUGGACAAAUGUUUGCUACGUCUGCUAUCAGGGGUAUCCGCUUUCUUCAGAUCUUACGGAUGCUACAUGUGGAUCGCCAAGGCGGUACCUGGAGGCUUCUGGGAUCGGUUGUGUUCAUUCAUCGCCAGGAACUCAUAACCACACUCUACAUAGGUUUUUUGGGCCUGAUAUUUUCUUCCUAUUUCGUGUAUCUGGCUGAGAAAGAUGCCGUGGAUGAGAAAGGGAUGACUGGCUUUGGAAGCUAUGCCGAUGCAUUAUGGUGGGGAGUGGUAACAGUUACAACAAUUGGAUAUGGUGACAAAGUUCCACAGACAUGGAUUGGCAAGACAAUAGCUUCUUGCUUCUCUGUGUUUGCAAUAUCUUUCUUUGCACUUCCAGCCGGUAUACUGGGAUCUGGAUUUGCUCUUAAAGUUCAACAGAAACAGCGUCAGAAGCACUUCAGUCGACAGAUACCUGCUGCGGCCUCUCUCAUUCAGACCUUAUGGAGAUGUUAUGCUGCAGAGAAGACCCACAACUCCACUGCUACAUGGAAGAUGUAUGUCAUGCCCCCAGGUCACUCUUCCAAAAUUACAGCCACAUCAUCCAGCCCACAUGUGAGAAAACAGACCCCAGAAAUCACCAAACACGUGUGUGAUCGUUACACCAGCCAAAGGAAAUCCAUCAUCAAUGAUGUCGCCUUUCAAUAG